UAUCUCUUUCUCACUCAUGAGAUUGUCACUUGGACUUGUACUUGGCUUUUGCACCUAUUCUAGAACCGCCUUUACAACAACUUGCAUCGGUACUUGUAUCUGCAUUUGCUUUGCAUUUAAUCACUGUCUUACAUGUGAGCGCGCACAUCAAUUUCCAGAUAUCGAAUAUUAAAUUAAAUAAUGAAUUACUAAUUCAUUAAAUAUCAUUAAUACGUAAUCAAUUAAUUAAUUCAAUGUAUAAUAGACUCACUAAUUAAUUAUAUUUAAUUAAUUUGUAAUUUAUUAAUUAAUUUAAUUUUCGGUAACUAAACAAUUCAUGCGCAUGCGCACAUGCAGUAGCAAAUGUAAAGCAAGUACAGAUACAAGUUGUAGAAGCGCCUUAAUUUUAAUCCUUCCCGACUCUGCUUCGGAUGAACAUAAUUUUGGGCUUUUGCUUCCCAACCCUGUUUGUUUACAAAUGUCAUCUUUCGAUGAUGAUAGUGUUUAACAGAAAUUUAAGUCCUAGAAUUUUGUUUGUAAACAAUCAUAACAACCCUAAUAAAUUAAUAAUAUGAAAACGAUAUUUAAGAAUGCGAAAACAAAAUUCAAUGAAGCAGUUUCACAGUAAACGAAGUAUAAAUGUCAGCUUUUCAAGACAAUUUUGUAUUGUGAUAUACAUUUUUAAUUAAUGACAACGAAACGUGGUUUUUUCAAUUAUGAUGAAUGAUUUAAUUAAAGAUAUUUUGGACAAUGAAUGCAGUCAAGAUCCUGCCAUAAAAGAUAAGAUGUAUUUUCUUCAAGGAAAGAAACCUAAUUCCGUAAAAUGUGUCUUCAAUAGCUAUUUAUAUUAUCAACCAACGGAUUGUGAAGAUACAUUUUAUUGCGCAUAUCGAAAAGAUCCAUGCUAUGCCAAAGUAUAUAGGUCCGAAGAUAAAUAUACAGAAAUAGAUAAGCAUAUUUGCAAUAAAAAUGAUAAACGCGCUAUAGAUCAUCUUGCGCUGAACAAAGCGGAGAACGCUAUUUCUCGUUUGUGCAAAGAAACAGAUUUAAGUUUCCCUAAGAUACUACAAUUAGUUAGUCAACGUUUACCAAAUUGCAAAUUAACUUUCGAUGGAUUUAGGGAAAGAAUGAAAAAAUCUAGAACGUCACGUUAUGUUGAACACUCCAAUGUAAAGGAUUUUAUGCAGGCUUUAGUGAAUUUAGACGUUUGCAUUGGAGAACAAAUUGUAGAGAAUGGCGAAUUUUGCACUAUAAUUCAAACGCCCUAUAUAGUCCAAUGUUGUGAAAAUUCCACGGUACUAUACAUUGACGAUCAUCAUAAGAUGACCUUUCAAAAUUUUGACAUUAAAAUCAUGACUUUUGGAGUUGAAGUUGACAAAAAAGCAUGCAUAGCAUUUUAUGCAAUAUAUACGAAGUUAACUUCAUCAUUACGGCUGAAAAUUUUCGAAGAAAUUAAAAAAAUUAAUUCUUUCAAGAAUUUAAAAUUAAUUAUUGGACCAUACUGUUGUGAAAUGCUUGAGGACGUACGACGUGCUUUCGAGGACGUGGAAUUCACAAGUUCAUGGGUUCAUUUUAUUGAGAUUCUUGUCGAAAAAUGGGUUGAACUUGAAAUCGGACAUGUGUCACAGCACAUAUUGUCCUAUUUUGCAUGCAUUCCCUUAAUACCACCUCGAGAUUACUUUAAUGCAGUAAGGACAAUUCAAGAUAUGGUUCAUCAAUCCCUAACAGACCAAACUGAACAAUUUGUUAAGGAUAUUUGUGAUACAAUUAUUUGGGGAACAAAUUUUGUUCCUCUUUUUGAUAGUAUUCACGAAAAAUCAAAUGAUUUAAUUGAAUUAAAUAACAUUAGACUGCGAACGAAAUUAUUGAACUCCAAAUUUACAGAAGAGUUUAUUGAUAAAAUAAAUGCUUUAGCAAAUAAUCAAUCGAGUCGAGAAAAGGAAGUAAAAUCUAUGAUUCAAAAUUGUAUGAUAGACACCAUUCAACGUCUCAACAAGAAUGCACUAGACGUAAAAGGUGCUAUAUUACAAAUUGAAAAAUUUACAAGAAAUUUUAUAAGUUUGCCAAAAGCAGAGAUUUUGAAUAUCAAAGAAAAUUAUUGCCUUAAGGAAUUAGAGGGGAAGAUUUCAAACCCGAAACGGAAAGAAGGAGAAGAACAAUGUAAAAAUAUUAAUCUUACGAAGAAAAAAGGAAAUAAAAACCCUACAGGAGGCAAAAAAUCAAAUGUUAAGGCAGCAAUAAGAUCAAAAUCUCAAGGCCCAAAAUCAGCAAAAAAAAAUAUUAAAAUAUCUGAAGUCAGUGAAAAAUCUAACGCUGAAAUAAACAUUGAUGAAAUAAGUGAUGCUCAAAACUCACAAUCAGACAAUGACAGAAGUUUGAACUUCGUUUUAGAUGCUCCUCGAAACUCAGAAACUCCGGAAAAUAUAAAUCAAAACUUAAGUGACUCUCCAGACACAGAAUAUGCAGAAAAUAAUAUAAAUUUAAUUAGAUUAAGUGAGAAAUCUAACGCAGAAAGUAACAUUGAUAAAACAAGUGCACCUCAAGACACAGAAACACCAAAAGUUCUAAAUGAACACUUAAAUGACUCUCAAGACCAAGAAUAUGAAAAUUCAGAAUAUGAUGAAAAUUUUAUAAAUAUAUCUAGAAUUAGUGAAAACUCAUACGAUGAGGAAAACAAUAAUCAAAUAAGUGAUGUUCAAAACUCACAAUCAGACAAUGGCGGAAGUUUUAAACUCGUUUUAGAUGCACCUGGAGACUCAGAAAUUUCGAAAAAUAUAAAUCAAGACUUAAGUGAUUCUCAAAACUCACAAUCAGAUAAUGACGGAAGUUUUAAGCUCGUAUUAGAUGCCUCUCAAGACCAAGAUUAUGUUGAAAAUAAUAUAAAUAUGCCUAGCAGUAAUAAAUCUAACAAAGAAAUAAACGUUGAUCUAAGAAAUGAGACUCGUGCCUCAGAAAUUCAAAAAAUCGAAGAAUUAAUUAAGUCAAAAAUUAAGGAACCAAUUGUCAUUGAAAUUCCAACGCCUACGUUAAAUCAAUCAUCAUCUCUACCUUUAUCACUUUUAUUCCAAUCUGCAAACAAUCCAAAUGCACCAUCAACGGCAUCAAGAAAAACAACAGAACUGUCCUCAUCACCCCCAAAUUCAUCUAAGGAUUUAGACACAAACAAUCCAAAUGCAACAUCAGCAGCAACAAAAAAAACAACAGAACUGUCCUCUUCACCCCCAAAUUCAUCUAAGGAUUUAGACACAAACAAUCCAAAUGCAACAUCAGCAGCAACAAAAAAAACAACAGAACUGUCCUCUUCACCCCCAAAUUCAUCUAAGGAUUUAGAGAUUAAUUUCAAAACUGAAAAUUCAAAAGACAGAAGAACUAUGCGUUCACAACUUUUCAAACUUUUAAAGAAUUUUAAUGAUGAGCGUAACUAUUCAAAGUGUUUGUUUUGCUCUACAUGCAUUUCUGACUGCCUUCAUUCAAAUGAAAAUUCGCUUCUAAAUUCAAAAAAACAGUUACGUAAUCCUUCAAGAACUUCAUCUAAAUCUAAAAGUUCAUUCCGGUCAUCUCACGGCUCGCCAAAAGAUUCAAAACGACAUUUAAAUUUUCAUGAAUCUACUUCUCAUCAUUCACGAUCAGCUCAUUUACCAAAUCAUUUCAAGACUAGAACAAAUUUGCAUAAUUAUCCAAACCAUGCAUCAAAUACACAAAAUUUGUCACGGUCACCUCGCCAAUCACGAAAAGAUUCAAAACAUUUUCAUGAAACAACAUCUCAUCGUUCUCGAUCACCUCAUUUCAAGAUAAGAACAAAUUCGUAUAAUCAUCCAAAUCAUUCAUCUAUCCCACAAGAUUUUUCCCGGUCACGACACCACUCAAGAAGAAACUCAAAACAUUUUCAUGAAACAACAGCUCAUCGUUCUCGAUCUCCCUAUUUUCAAAAUUAUUUUAAGACAACAAAUUCAACUACUCUUUCAAAUAAUGUUUCAAACCCACAAAAGUCUCGGUCAUCUCACCACUCACCAAGAAAUUCCAAACAACAUUCAAAUUUUAAUAAAACAACAUCUCAUCAUUCUCGAUCACCUAAUUUGAAGACUAAAACAAAUUCGCAUAACUAUCCAAAUCAUUCAUCUAACACACAAGAUUUAUCACGGUCACCUUGCCAUUCACGAAGAGACUCCAAACAUUUUCAUAAAACAACAUCUCAUCGUCCUCGAUCACCCCAUUUCAAGACUAGAACAAAUUCUCAUAUUCAUCCAAAUCAUUCAGCCAGCCCACAACAUUUGUCCCGGUCAUCACACCAUUCACGAAGAGACUCAAAACAUUUUCAUAAAACCACAUCAUAUCGUUCUCGAUCACCUUAUGUGCAAAAUCAUUUGAAGACAACAAAUUCAAUUAAUCUUUUAAAUAAAAAUUCUUCAAACUCACAAAAAAGAUUCUUUAAAAGUGUCGGGAGUUCGACGCCACUCACCUAG